AUCAAAGUGCAUGCGUGAAUGAAAUGCGCAGUAACUGAAUCCCUUAAAAUAAUGGAUUAUACGUAUUUGCAACCCUAGGCCAUAGAUUCAAAAUUUACACAAAUUGAUCGGUUUCGUAGAGAAGAAGAAAGUUGUGAGGGAGAAGCAAGGAAUAGUGACGGAAUUCGAGAUUCAGAAGAAAACUUAUUGCUUCGCUGGAAAACUCUAUAAUAAUUAUUUUUGGUUUUGCUGUCUCAGAUUUUUUAAUUCUAAUAAAUUUUUCUUUUCUCUUCUUUUUCCUUCUUUCCUUUUUCCUUCCAUUUUAUUUUUCUCCUCUUCUUCAUCCUCAUCGUUCUCUCUCGUGAGCAAAAACAAUGUCUUACGCGUACCUCUUCAAAUACAUCAUCAUCGGUGACACUGGAGUUGGAAAGUCGUGUCUUCUACUACAGUUCACUGACAAGCGCUUUCAACCCGUCCAUGACUUGACCAUUGGUGUUGAAUUUGGUGCAAGGAUGAUCACUAUUGAUAAUAAGCCAAUCAAGUUGCAAAUAUGGGAUACGGCGGGUCAAGAAUCCUUCAGAUCUAUUACAAGGUCGUAUUACAGAGGGGCUGCAGGUGCACUGCUUGUUUAUGAUAUAACCAGGAGGGAGACAUUUAAUCACUUGGCUAGCUGGUUGGAAGAUGCAAGGCAGCAUGCAAAUGCAAAUAUGACAAUUAUGCUGAUUGGCAACAAAUGUGAUCUUGCUCAUAGGCGGGCUGUAAGCACCGAGGAAGGUGAGCAGUUUGCAAAGGAGCAUGGGUUGAUCUUCAUGGAGGCCUCAGCAAAAACUGCUCAGAACGUUGAAGAGGCAUUCAUAAAAACAGCUGCAACCAUAUACAAAAAGAUUCAAGAUGGACUUUUUGAUGUAUCAAAUGAGUCUUAUGGAAUAAAAGUAGGAUAUGGUGGAAUUCCUGGACCAUCUGGAGGUAGGGAUGGCCCUUCUGCUGCAGGCAGAGGCUGCUGCAAUUGAAGUGAAACAUAUCACAACUUGUUUGCUUCAAUGUAGUUCUUAUGUAUUCUUUUCUUUUUAUUUUGGGUUUGGAUAUAUAAAAGUAUAUACGUUCUACGUGCCCUGCUGAUAAAAUCAGAUAAUUGUAUAAUGCUUUCUUUUUAAUCUUGACUUUGUUUCUUUGACUUAAACAGAAUAUUUGUUUAUAUUUGUGUGCAUAAUUAAUUGAUCUGUUGUUUCAUUCUUGUUA